ACACACACACACACACACACACACACACACAGAGUGCCAGCAGUAGAGGCAGGGAGCCAGCAGAGAGUCUACCGAGCAGCAGCCAUGACAGACGUGGACUCUCUAAAUGAAGCAUUAAAGGCCAUCAGCGUGAGCACAGAGCUGAUUGAAGAAGAGCUAAAACCUCAUCUGGAUACAGUGCUGACUGCCCUGCUGGAGAAGAAGAAGGAUGCAGCGGUUGACAUUGUCAGAAGUGGGAUUCUACCCACGCUGGCUCAGGCCCUACAGAGCAGAAGCAGUCUGAGCUGCCACGUGGCUCUGUUGGUGGCAGAAAUGGCACGAGAAGCUACUGUGAGAGAACAGUGCAUUGAGGCAGGCCUGGUGAAGGCUCUGGUUCCUCAUCUGAACAGCAAGGACCAGGAAAUGCUGCUGAACACAGGCAGGGCCAUUGGGCGCAUCUGCUUCGACAACACACAUCAACAAGACCAGUUAGUCCAGAGUGGUGUAAUCCCCAGAUUACUGUCCAUAAUGAAGGAGUACCCAGAGAAUGACCCGCUCGUCAAUGUCUGCCUGCUGGCUCUCUGUAAUCUGGCUGAUUUGGAUUGCGCACGGGAGGCCCUGGUGGAGCAGGACGUGGCAGAUACCCUGAUAUUUCAGCUGAAACGGGCUCCUGAUGCAGAGCGGCGGCAUGUCAUCUUGGAAAUACUGGGCUCACUGGGUGAAAGUGAUGCACUGAAACUGCAGUUUACAGAGUCAGGAGUACCAGAGGCUUUAUCUGUGAUGAUUCGAGAUCUACAAGGGCACUCAGACCCCCAUGACCUCUGCAGCAUAAAGAUCGCUUCCAACCUGAUAGUGUCCCUGCUCUUAGGAGAUGAAUCUAUGCAGAAGUGUUUCGGAGAGGGAUCAGGUGUGGUCUACCAGGAUAUUCUGUCCUGGCUGCAGAGCUCCAACACCCAGCUACAGCUGUCAGGAGCUCUUGCCAUUGCCAACUUUGCCAGAAAUGACAGUAACUGUGUGAAGAUGCUGGAUCUGGGUGUGGUUCCACACAUCCUGACACUGUUGGAGCAGCAUGUAGAUGAAGGGGACGUCUCUGUUCAACAUGCUGGGCUAAGUGCACUAAGGAACCUGGCUAUCCCUGCAACCAACAAAGUGAGGAUGCUGGAGGAUGGAGUCUCUGAGAGGAUAAAGACUCUGCUGCGCACUGACAUGCCACCAGUUCAGUUUAAACUCCUGGGCACGCUACGCAUGAUGGUGGAUGGGCAAGAGGGAGCAGCCUUAAAGUUGGGCAGAGAUGCUGUGCUGCUGGCACGUAUCAUGGAGUGGUGUGAAGUCAAAGACCACGCAGGAGUCCGAGGAGAAGCUAGUCGCCUGUUGGCAGCCCUAAUCAGACACAGUCGCAGUCCUGAAGUUGUCCGUGCUGUGGCUAGAACAGACGGGGUUCGACACCUUAUCUCUAUGGCAACAAGUGAGCAUGUCAUCAUGCAGAAUGAAGCCCUGGUUGCCCUUGCAAUAGCGUCUGCUAUUGACAUAGAGUCUAUGAGGGAUCCAUUUAGUGAGGCAGAGCUUUUACCUACGCUGAAGAAUAUGUUGGACGAUCCUGUUGGUGCAGUUGAGGUCAAGUUUAGUGCUAUGGGUCUCAUCUGCACCUUGGCUAACUCAGGUGUGAUGAAAGAUGAGCUCAACUCUGUGAAUAUUAAAGAAAGUCUGAACAAACUGAUGGACCACAGCAGCAGCAAACUGGCUACACAGGCCAGCUCCAUAUUGACCAUUCUCAGCGACACCAGCUAAACCAGCAGCGACAAGAGGUUUCAUCUGCUCUAUGUGUGAAGAUUUGAUGUUAAGUCAUCCAGACAGCACAGAUAUUACAAAAUAUCAAAUUGGACUCUAAAGUGUCACUUAUUUUGUAAUAUGUAAUAUAUUCUAAUUCUGGCAUGAUGUAUGUUGUACAGGUGGGAGACGAGGACCAAUUGUUAUGCACAUUUUUGCUUCCUGUUUUCCUAGCAAUCUUCUGUUAGGUUCUUGAGAUAUGUUCUGAUCCACAUGCUGAGUCAUUUUCUGACACGAUGGAACAUUGUAUGAGAGGAAAGGAAGUGAAUAGCUGAAAGGAUGUGGCAAUUUAGAGAACUUCAGGAACACAUGAUCAUUUCUGUUUGUCUUUUGGUUUGUCCGUUUAUCAGUAAAAGUCUAAAAUCAAGUUUAUGGUGUGUGGUAGUAAGGAAUACUGAUCCUCUAUAUGAAUAAUACAUAAACAUGUAAAUAGUAAAAUAAGUAAAGAUAAAUAAAUGUGAGUGUGUGAAAUAAAAUAAAUAAAAAUAUAUAGAUUUUA